CAUGUUUUAAAAGAAGGUUGUCGUAAAACACAAAGGACCGUUUUCACUCAGGCCUGAACAAAGACCAGGCUCAGGGAUUUUGUGUUUUGUUUGCCUGGGAAAGAUAUCCCUCACCUUCAGACCCUGGAGGCAACCUCCCUGUAAUCAUAUUGGCCAAACUCACAGGGGAGCCUCCCCCUGCACUGCAGCCCGACUUGUACUCGUGCCUGCAACACCCUCUAAGCUCCAAACCACCACCUUCGUCCCACAGAGAACUGCAGACGGGCUUAUUCUUUCUUGGAAAUGUGGAGCAGUCGCAUGGCUCUGCGUCGGCUCCAGAGGAUCGCAGUUGCUCCUCUGAGUGCUGCUGGUGGUGCAACAACUAAAGUGCAGAGAGAGAUGUCAACUCUGCAACGGGUGUAUGUCACCAGACAGAUCCCACCUGAGGGCCUGAAGAUCCUCCAGGAUUCGGGACAAGUGCAGUUUGAGCUGUGGAACUCAGACGACGUCCCAGUGCCAAGGAAGGAGCUGCUUCAGAAAGUGAAAGGUGUUGACGGUCUCCUCUGCGUGCUGACAGAAAAGAUUGAUGCAGAGCUGUUGGACGCAGCGGGCCCAAACCUGAAGGUUGUCAGCACCAUGUCUGUGGGUUACGAUCAUCUGUUUUUGCAGGAGCUGAAGAAAAGAGGAGUCCGUGUAGGUUACACCCCUGAUGUUCUGACAGAUGCUGUUGCUGAGCUGACCGUGGCUUUGCUGCUCGCGACCUCCAGACGACUCAUCGAGGCCACUCAUGAAGCCAAGACUGGUGGCUGGGGCACGUGGAGAACUCUGUGGUUGUGUGGCCAUGAGUUGGCCAACAGCACAGUGGGUAUUCUGGGUCUUGGACGGAUCGGUGUAGCUAUUGCAGAGCGUCUGGCCCCCUUCAAAGUAAAGAAGUUUAUCUACACAGACGUGGCUCCCAGACCUGACCUGGCCAAAGCUAUCAAUGCUGAGUAUGUUUCGUUCGAUGAGUUGGCAAAGCAGUCAGACUUCCUGGCUGUGUGCUGUGCUUUAACACCGGAGACAAGAGAGAUCUGCAAUGAGAACCUUUUCUCCAAAAUGAAGAAAACCUCCAUCUUCAUCAACACCAGCAGAGGUGGGGUGGUGAACCAGGAGGACCUGUAUCAGGCUCUGGCCUCUGGGCAGAUAGCAGGAGCUGGGUUAGACGUCACCGUCCCCGAGCCCCUCCCCACCAACCACCCACUGUUCAGCCUGAACAACUGCGUCAUCCUUCCGCAUAUCGCCAGCGCCUCCUACACCACCCGGAACGCCAUGUCCGCCCUGGCAGCCAAUAACCUCCUGCUCGGCCUGCGGGGGCAGCCCAUGAUCAAAGAGCUCAAGCUGUAGGAAGAGACCGGCUCCACGCUGAGAACAGACUAAGUUUGGGGAAAUGAGUGCAUUUUUAUUGAAAUAAAUGUAAGUUUUUAUCAGCAAGUCAAAUUUUUACACAGAAAGAAAGCUCAGAGUAAACUUUUAAGUUUUUUUAUUCAGUCUAUACAACAGCCGAACAUACUUUACAAUCAUCAUGACUUUCAAACAGUUAGAGACAAUUUAACCAAUGGCUGCACAAUGAGGGGCCAAACAGAAGCUCAAUUUCUCAAGCUUUAAAGUGUAAGGCAGUGAUUUUUUUUUUUGAAUUUUUAAACCUCUGAAUAAUUUAAAAAUCUAACACAGUGCAUUUUUCAGAGAUUAACAUAAAGCAUCGAUGUAAUAGUUACUGAAAACAGCUUUGUUAAAGAGAUAGUUCAAAUAAUCUGAAAUGGGAUUUUGUGACGAGGUUAUGAACAAUCACCGUCUUAUCUGUUGUAGAAAACUCUUUGAACUAUUUGAUGAAAUAAAAGUUUAAUUCUAAUCAGAUAAGUUUGCUGCCAUCCUAAAACAAUUCCAGUAUCAACCAUUCAAUAGCUCAGGCAAAUGUUAUUUUUAAAACUUUUACAUUGUCAUCAGUGUCACAAUAAGGGCGUAUUCCUGUGUGUGUGUAUAAAUAUAUCAUUAAGCCCCAGGCUGCACCAAAAGUACUACAGCUAACUUCUCAUAUUUGCAACAUUUGGAAGGGAAAAAAAGCUAUCUACAACAGGUAAGAUAUUAUUUGUUCAUAACCUUACAACAGAGACCAUUUUGAAAGAGGAUGCUUUCAUCUCAUCGCCUCUGGUUUUUCGCAAGAACACAGUAGCUGCCUCGUGCUUUAAUGUGUGAAAAGGUUGGCUGGGAUAGAACUGACCUUUAACCACCGCUGGUCAAUUUUAACACAUCUUCUAGCUCAUGAUUACCAAAUCUACCAAACGGUAGGCUGCGUUUACAGGAGGAAAUAUUCCACGAGGCGGUUUCUUUUCUGAAGCAACGACAUGUUAGAUAAAUGUGACGAAUAAAACUAUUGUACUGUA